CGAAACGCGUGUGCAAAAAUUUAAGAACAAGCAAAUAAAAUAAAUAAUUUCGCGUGCGUUCAUAAGUUGAUAAAACUCUACAGCUAACUGUAUCAGAACUUAUCCAAUUGGCAGUUAAUUCAAGCAGCCACAAUAAAGCCAACAAAGACAACAUUAACAGCAACAGCAACAACAAUAACAAUAACAUCAAAAACAAUAACAGUUCAAACAGACAAAGCAAACACAAAAACAGUUAGAGCCCAAAUUAGCUACUUCGAUAGCCUGCUGUAUAAACUGAGCGAGAUCUGGAGUGGCUCUAAAACUCAACGGCUGAGCAAGAGCAACAAUAACAGCAACAGAAAGAGCAACAGCAAGAGCAACAGCAAGAGCAGGACGGCAAGCAUAAAUAAAAGCGUCUGCCCCUAUGCGCGCUUAAGAAAAAUGACAACAAUGUCGUCACAAGAGGCCGAUGCCAGCGUGGUUCUAGCACAGGCGGAGGCUCAGACACACGCUCAGUGCGUGAGAGAGUACUACGACAUGCCCUAUCAAAGCGAUAUGAGCGACUCAGCGCCCAAUACGCCCGGCCCCGGUUCGGCCCCCAAAAAGUAUUAUCGCCAAGCGGCUCAUAGAGUCUUUGUGAACCGAUCGCUGCAUUUGGAGAACAUUAAGUUCUAUGGCUUCGACAUGGAUUACACCUUGGCAGAGUACAAAUCGCCGCAAUAUGAGCAGCUGGGCUUCAAUUUGGUCAAGGAGCGACUCGUCUCGAUGGGCUAUCCGAAGGAGAUAUUGCAGUUCGAGUACGAUCCAACAUUUCCAGUGCGUGGCCUGUGGUUCGAUACGCUUUACGGCAAUCUGCUGAAGGUCGAUGCCUAUGGCAACAUUCUGGUCUGUGUGCAUGGCUUUGAGUUCAUCAAGCACCAUCAGGUGUACGAGCUGUAUCCCAACAAGUUCCUCAAGCUGGACGAGUCUAGGGUCUACGUGUUGAACACUCUAUUCAAUUUGCCCGAAACCUAUUUGCUGGCCUGUCUGGUCGAUUUCUUUACCAACAGCAAAGAUUUUGUUCGCGUUGAACGCGGAAUCAAAGCUGGUGAUUUUCUAUUUACGUAUAAGUCGAUUUUCCAGGACGUGCGACGCGCCGUCGACUGGGUGCAUUCCGAUGGCGAUCUGAAGCGUCGUACCACACAGAACAUGGCCUACUAUGUGAAGAAGGACAAGCGUCUGCCGACGGUUCUGUGCCGCAUUCGGGAGUCGGGCGCGAAGCUGUUCAUGCUGACCAACAGCGACUACACGUACACCAAUGAGAUCAUGACCUAUUUGUUCGACUUUCCGCACGGCGCCAAUGCCGAUGAGCCGCAUCGGGACUGGAAGAGCUAUUUCGAUGUAAUUGUGGUGGAUGCGCGCAAGCCGUUGUUCUUCGACGAGGGCACGGUGCUGCGGCAGGUGGAUACGGAGACGGGCGACCUGAAGAUUGGCACGCAUAUUGGGCCGCUGCAGCCGGGGCAGGUGUACUCGGGCGGGUCGUGCGAGCUCUUCACCAAGUUCAUCAAUGCCAAGGGCAAGGACGUGCUGUAUGUGGGCGAUCACAUCUUUGGCGACAUACUCAAGUCGAAGAAGAUACGCGGCUGGCGCACGUUCCUCAUUGUGCCGGAGCUGGUGCGGGAGCUGAACGUGUGGACGGAGGAGUGCCAGCUGUUUGCGGAGCUACAGAAUCUGGACAUCAAGCUGGGCGAGCUGUAUCGCGACCUGGACUCGAGUGCCAAGGUGAAGCCGGACAUAUCGCAGCUGCGCACCUGCAUCCGGGAUGUCACACACAAAAUGGACAUGUCCUACGGCAUGAUGGGCUCGCUAUUCCGCUCUGGCUCACGCCAGACCUUCUUCUCCAGCCAGGUGGUCCGAUACGCCGACGUCUAUGCCGCAACGCUGCUCAAUCUCAUCUACUAUCCAUUCUCCUACAUGUUCCGCGCCCCGGCCAUGCUGCUGCCCCACGAGUCGACGGUGGCCCACGAUCAGGCCCACCAGCCGCCACCACCGCUACCGCCCGCCUCCUCGGUGGCCGCACUGGUCGGUGCCAGCAGCAGCGUCGUCGCAUCCAAGCUCAACUCGGCGCUGCGCAAUGACGAGGUCAUCGCUGGCAGCAAUGCGCCGGCGAAGGAGGGCAACAGCGGCAAGGACUUGCAUCGCGCGAGCUCCAUUGUGCACACGCGCCCAUCGACGCCCACUGUGGUGACUCACACACACGAUGAGGACUACUCGGAGGAGGAGGAGUCGGCCAGCGGUGCAGAGUCCUCGGCGGAGCAGCAGAAGCGCGAGGUCUCCGACUAAAUGAAUUAUCAAUCUGUCGCUCACUCCCCCAUGUGCGGAGAUCAACGAAUUUGCAAAUCCUAUUUCUGUGGUCAAUUUGGCAGAUCUACUCCGUAUACCUAAGCGAAGGUUGCAGUCUCCUUCUACCCCCCAUUGCAACUAGUGAGAAA